CAUCAGAGCGAAGCGUAUAUACCAGAACAUUCUCUAAACCCAUUGCUCAUAUAAAUGGAGGAGAGCAAGACAACGCAUUAGUGGGUUGAGUUUGGUUCCUCUGGUCUGUUUCCGCUAGCUGGUGAAAAAAUGUCGGGUCCUCAGUGCUGCGAAAACCCACCAACCCUGAAUCCGAAAUCCGGGUCGGGUCGUGUCGAGAAGCUCGGUGGCCUCGAUGCAUACGUCAUUGGCUCGCCCGAUUCGACCCGCGCGAUUCUUCUCGUAUCUGAUGUUUUCGGAUAUGAAGCUCCAAACUUGAGGAAACUUGCGGAUAAGGUUGCAGAAUCUGGAUUCUAUGUGGUGGUUCCUGAUUAUUUCUAUGGAGAUCCUUAUGAUCCCAAGAAUCAGGACCGGCCUAUCGCUGUCUGGAUAAAAGACCAUGGAGCAGAUAAGGGAUUUGAGCAAUCAAAGCCAGUAGUUGAAGCCUUGAAGAGCAAAGGCAUAACUUCUAUUGGAGCAGCAGGGAUGUGUUGGGGCGCAAAAGUCGUGGUGGAACUGGCUAAAGACGCGCUUAUUCAAGCGGGCGUUUUUCUGCAUCCCUCUUUUGUCACGGUUGAUGAUGUCAAGGGAGUUAAGGUUCCACUUGCUGUAUUAGGAGCCGAGAUUGAUCACAUGUCGCCUCCCGAACUCCUGAAGCAAUUUGAAGAAGUCCUUGCUUCUAAACCCGAGGUGAAGAGCUGCGUGAAGAUAUUCCCGAAAACCACGCACGGUUGGACGGUUAGGUACAGCACCGAUGAUCCGUCUGCUGUUAAAGCGGCAGAAGAAGCUCACAAGGACAUGCUGGAUUGGUUUGUCACCCACCUCUGACGAGCUUAUGGCAAGUCUGUGAAAUCUGAAACAUGCUGUUCAUGUCCUUGUUCAUGUAAUGAAUAACAUGCAGAAACAAGCAAGGUUAGUGUUUUGGCAUCGGACUUGUUCUGUAUUUGUGGUUCUGAUGCUAUAAUAAGAAAAAAAAAAACAUGUUUUUUUUUUCUUA